AUGAUAGAUUCUUUUCGCGUUGUGAUUCUAUUUUAUUUGAUUCACAUACUUUCCAAGAAACUCUUUCAUGCCCAUGAAAAUACUGGAUCAUUUUACACUUCGGGAUGUAGCUAUACAUCAAACAUCAACAACUUAACUGUGCAAGAACAUGGUAAGAACUACAACCUUCCCCUAGUUGCGAUCAACUGCACCAAAAGAAACCUCAAUGAAUUCCCAGCAGAAUUGCCAAUUAACACUGGUAGACUACUCCUCAGUUUCAACGCGAUUUCAAGAUUAAACGCUAUUGAAAUGGAGAAGAUUCGGCACGUGCGAGAAUUGUUCAUGGAAGGAAACAAUAUGUCAUUUAUUGGACAAAGGAGCUUUCUAAAUAACAAAAUGUUACAGACACUGAAUCUGGGAGCAAACAAACUGACUGACCUCACCCCAGGAAUAUUUGAAGGGUUGAAAAACCUACUGAAUCUGUAUCUUGAUCGAAACUGGAUCACUCAACUACAUAAUGGAACUUUCCAGAGUUUGAAUUCCCUAAUCAAUCUUGAUUUGAGUGCGAAUGAAAUUUCUGAAAUCAGCGAAGGAGCAUUCAGCGGCCUCAAACAACUGAUUUAUCUUGACUUAUCUAGAAAUGAGUUGGGUACAGUCUUACCGAAUCAUUUCAGUAAACUUUCGUCACUUCAUACACUGAAUCUUGGUUUCAACAGGAUUAGCUCUCUUGAAGAAGAAGCAUUUUCUGAAUGUACAAACUUGAAAUUCCUUUCCCUAAAUCAUAACAAUUUUACUUUUGUACCAAAAGAGGCCAUGAAGCCGUUAAAGGCCCUUAAAAAACUAGACCUCAGUGGAAACCUAGUAGCGUUUAUUCCUUUGGAUGUUUUCGUCACUUUACGUUCCUUGGAAUUCCUCAAUGUAAGUUUUUGCGAAGUUCGAGUGUUUCAUGGUAUGAAUCUAAAGAAAAUUAUGCCUCAGUUAAAGCUUGCUGUUAAUAACAACCCACUAGAAUGCACUUGUGAUAUGCUUUGGAUGAAAGAAUGGCUUAACGAUGAUCCCACCGUAUUUUAUCACUGGCCACAAGUCAAGUGCAAGUUUCCCAAGAGGUUAAGCGGAAGAACAUUGGCGGGGUUAAACAAUUCUGAGAUGAAUUGCACGUGUGAUCGUUGCCAACUGUCAUUCAAGUGCUUUUUGGGAGAAAAAACGUGCAAGUGCGCGAGCGAGUGGGCGGGUCUAUCAUGUCUUGACACAUGUCAAUUUCAUAAUGACAGUAUUGGCAUGUUAUAUGAAAUGGUGUGCAGCUCUUCACAAGGAAAAUGUUUUUGCUCUAAUAUGUCCGAAGUCUGCGUAGAAAAUGCUCAACUUAUCAAUUCAAACCUAACAUGGCAGUGUACUUGUAAACCUGGUUUCCAAGGAGACGGGUUUAUUAACUGUUCUGAUAUUGAUGAAUGUGCGCAAGCGCACAGUGUAUGCGACAAAAGCGCUGACUGCAUUAACACAGAAGGCUCGUAUCGAUGCUUCUGUCCAAAUGGUUACCAGGGAGACGGAAUAAUCUGUCAGUCAAUGAAACAUCAAAAUAAGACUGUGUCUAUAGUUACAACCACGUUUUCCGUACUUGUUUUCGUUGUCCUGAUCGUUGCACUGGGUUGUUGCAUCGCUCCCAAAAGAAUCCAAAAGAUCAGAAAUGCCAAACGAUCCACGGACAGGAAGAGAAAAAGAAAACAGUCUACUAGGCGGUAUGUUGACCUGUACAACGUUCACGAGUUAGGAUUCACUAACAUCGUUUGUACGCAAGAAGAAUGUCUAAGAGAUGACAAAUGGGAAAUCCCCCGUGAGAAGCUACACAUCUUUGCAGCCAUUGGAGAGGGUGCGUUUGGUGUUGUAAUGGAAGGAUCGUUAGAUACAGACGAAGGAGCUAUAAAAGUAGCCGUAAAGACCUUAAAGCCAGGCGCUGAUCGCUAUGACUAUAAAGACUUGAUGGCAGAACUGUCAAUCAUGAAGCAGGCCGGAAGUCACCCUAACAUCGUCAGCCUCUUGGGAGCGUGUUCUGUGGAAGGACCGCUGUACUUAGUGAUGGAGUUCGUUUCCGGCGGAAACCUGCUAUGCUUCCUUCGAAAAAGCAGGUGUCAACAUCCACAUUAUAUCAAUAUCACCUCGUCUCUCAACGAGCGAGAAUUGCUGAACAUUGCCAAAGACGUCGCUGAUGGAAUGAGUCAUCUGAGUAAUCUAAACAUAGUGCAUCGAGAUUUGGCUGCAAGGAAUAUUUUACUGACUGAAAACAAGAUUGCGAAAGUGACAGAUUUUGGACUUGCUCGAGACUUGCAAUCAGAGGGUGUUUAUACCAAAACUACGGCUGCGGGGAGACUCCCGGUGAAGUGGAUGGCACCUGAGUCCAUUCAAUUCCAUACAUAUACUUCCAAGUCAGAUGUUUGGUCUUUUGGGGUGUUGCUAUGGGAAAUAAUCUCAAUUGGCCAGUGUCCUUACCCGGGAAUUCCAGCGCGACUGCUGAUGAGGAAGCUUGUGAUUGGUUAUCGCAUGCAGAAGCCCUCUCAGUGCUCCGAUGACAUGUACGAGGUUAUGAGAGCCUGCUGGCAACUGGAUGCGGGCGCAAGACCUACUUUUGCUGAGUUAGCAAAAAUCUUGCACGAGUUUUUAGCGCGGACUGGACGUGCAUACAUCAACUUAGAAGGAGCAGAUUCAUAUUUGGAGCAAAUUCCGACAGCUUCUUUUGAUUUGAGAAGCGAGUUUGAAAAAGAUGAAUCAGAAAGCAAUGAUUUUACCGAAGGUUCCGAUGAGCUGGAGCGUGCGCAGAUUGAAAACGAUGUGGGAAGACACUCUGAAAGUUCUGCACAUGCGUCAUUUCAAUUCCAGACUGAAACAAUCCAUUAUAUGAUAACGAAGUUUUAA